AUGUAUUCUAGCGUUCCUCCGCCGAAUCAAGAUUCUUCUGUAGCAAAAAAAGAUGGUGAAAAAGACGAGAAAAAUCCUCCGCGUGGUAUAUCCAAAGAGAUGUGGGAGGUAUUUAUUUUAAUUAUGAUUUAUGGGAAAGUGAAAGCUUAAGUUUUAAAUAAGCAAUACUAGCUCUCUUACUCUUGGCGUACUUGCUGUUCUUCAGCUAAUAACUAGGCGCCCCCUUCUUUCCAGAAAUUUCAGCACUUAAAAGAAAGAAGAAUCAAAUUCUCUAAAACUUCAACGGCAAAGCGGAUUAAAGACAUUAAAAAGAAAGUCACGAACCCGGCAAAUGAUGAAGAAUUAGCUAUCCUUCGUGAUCGUGAUGUUGUCCAUCAAGUAAGCAAGAAAAAGAAAGUGGAUUCAUCACAACAGCAAGAAAAGUAAGAUGUUUCAUUGCACAUUAAGCAGUAGGCUUUUUUCAACUUGUUGUGAAACGCAACAUGUAGAACUGCAACACAACUAUGACUUCUUUCCUGUUAUUAUAAAAAAAAAAAGUUAUAAGCAUGAAAGUGGACUUCCCGGGAGGGGGGGGGGGGGGGGUGGAUUCCAUAUUAAAAGUGACGGGGAUGCUCGUCGGAAAAUUAAAAUUAAACCCCUAAGGGAGACCAAUGUGGGUGCAGUUCUAGCUAAACUGACCCCUAAAGGAGACCAUACUAAACAAGGAUCUGAAUAUAAUAAGUGCGAGGGAUAUCGUGUUCUUUGUUUAACGUUACAUUAGUGUGUGGCCAGUGUCACGGCUAUUUUUGUAAAUUUCUUUAUGCACAGCCUGAAGUGAUACCCAAAUGGGCAAAUAGAGUGACUUUCCAUCCCAAACACCCUAAGUAAGACCAAAAUCUGCAAUUUACACCCCUAAAUGAGACAGAACAUCCCUGUCACUUUUAUAUAAAAGUCCCUGCAAGGUUGAAUCAUUCCAUUAUUAGGUUAGCCUGUUAUAGAUCUGCCUUUCCUCUCCAUAUGUUCCUUGUAGACAGCAUUUAUUAAAAUUGUAUAAGAAAUUAACUUCCUGUGCCAGAGUGAGAGAAACAUCGCAGAAAACUGGUAUGUUUGAUCCAUGUGAUACUAUUUUAAAUCUGGUCAUGUGGAACAGAAAACAGAACUUGACACUCAACUGGAUCCCAUUUCUGCAAAAUUGUUUACAAUCUGCUCUGUGUGAACUGUACAUUUUGCAAGUUUGAUACUUUGAAUGGUAAUGAUGACUGAUGGAGUUAUUGAAAUGUGGUGCAAUCUAAUGUUCAUGUUAUUCACUUGGUAUGGAGUUUAAGCAACCUCCCAACCUCAGCAAUGACGUCAGGGAUGGCAAUGAGAAUGGGAAAAAUGCAAAAGGGUUUAGAUUAACAAAACAGUGUUGCAUGUGCAUUGUGCUUUUUUGUUCAUUUCCUUGCUGUUGUUGCACGACUAGAAAACGAUUUUCUUAUUUUUCUAAAAGAAAAAUUUGCAAACAUUUUACAAAUUGAAAAUGAUUGGAUAAGAUGAAUAGGCUACGAGUAGUCUCUCUUUUUUCUUGGUCUGUCAAGCAAAACGCCCGAGACACACAAAUGCCCAUGUGCGUGACUGAAGGCGCAAGACGGGAGAGGCACGACAAAAGAGAGUUUAAAACAAUGUGAAUGAGAAUUUAUUUUUUCAAUUGACAGUUUUGCUGUGAUCACUGUCUUGGUUGCUCAAGCUCCCUAAUAUUAGUCUCUCAUUACUGAACAAUAGGAGCAAAGCCACAAAAGACAGUGAGAGAAGGUGGACUGAGCUGCGGCAGUAUAUGGAACCUGAUAAUCACAUUUCUGUGCCAGGACCAUCUGAAGAUUCCAUUUACAAAAAACCUUCAAUCAAGGUUUGCCCUCAUUUCCUUCUGUAUAAACCAUUUAGUCCUUGUUUGGCUCUGCUGUAUUUCGCUUUGUUGUACUAAUCAAAGCAAAGAUCAGGAGAAUGAAGGAUAAAUCAAACAGGAUCAAAUUACUUGGUAUCAUUUUCUUUGUCUUCUUCACAAGAUACAUGUAUGUACAUUUUGUCAUUAUAAGGAUACCAAAGGAGAAUUUGUAGUUUGAUUUUAGGGACAAAAAGGCUUAAUUGAAGGAUACAAAGAAAAUCUUGAGUAUUUUGUUUAACAUAGUAGUAUGGUAAAUGCUCAAAUGAGUACCCCGAGCACUUACUUAAUUUUCUUAGUUGUAAGGAGUUGGUGGGGAGGGGGGAGGGGGGUGCAUAUUUGAAGGAGGGUGCUAAAUCAAGCCUUUACAAUAUUAAGUUACAUAACUUCAUAUGAGUGAAACUUUCAUAGUGGUUAUUGCUGAGUGGGGCCUCAUUAGCUACCUGGGAUAUUUAAUGGAACCCCAGAAUUAUUAUAGGGCUACCAUGUUUUAGUUUCUGUAGGUUUUAUGUAAGUUUGAGUUCCUAGUUUAUUUAGGUAAUAAAUUUUCAUAACUCUUUUGCAUUAUUUUAUUUGAUGAAACAUUCCCGUUUUUGAAAAGGAUGUGCAAUUCUGUUUUUACUAUCACACAUCAUGCUAUCAAACCAUUCAACACAGAAUGUAAAGAAUGUGGGAAAAGAGAAAAGAUAAAUAUGCAAAAAGCCUCAACAAGAAGCGGGUCUGUGGAAUACACUGUACAUUGUAUUUUUUUGUGUGAGAUACUCGGAACAAUGUUUUCUAAAAUUUAUAAAGCUGUGUAUGGAGGCGUCAUGUUGGUGUACCUUUGAGGGGCACAAAUAUGGCAACCAGAAACCAACAGAAACAUUUUUGUUUGAGUUUUUCUACAAAAGCGUGAAUUUAUGGCUUGAGGAACUCUUAAAGUUUAAAGUCAUAUUUAUUCUGAGACUAGUAAUCUCCAAAACUUGGUAAUAUUAUUAACCUGCAUGAGAGCCUUCCUGGUUGCUGUCUAAAUGCUGCGUCCUCUAUCGGAAAACGAAGAACCCUUUCAAACCAAGAAAAAUGUUCACAUAAACGUGUUCAGCUGCUGUAAUACCCCCAUCAAAGUAUACACUCUGAAGAAUUGAUAAUUCUGUCAUUUGAAUUUUGGUGACAUCAUGUGGAAACUGAGAAUAGGUGGUUUAUCCUUCAGAAGUACAUGUAUUUAAUAAAUGUAUGAACUCAAUUGUGUUAUGGUUUAGUCGAUUCAUUUGUUUCAAUGGUGUCGACAAAUGAGACUUCACUAUAACUACUUAUUUGCAAUCUUUAGGUGUCACAUUUGUGUUUUAAUACAUAAUAUUACUAUUAAACAAUAGUAUUUUCUGUGCAACUUUCUCAUUUUUGAGGCCAAGAGAAGUAUAUUUAACUUAUACAUUAAUAUAAUGACUUUUAGGAUCAAAUAGAAGAAAGUCUGGAGGCUGCUGUCAGAGAAAGGAGGUUUGAGGUAGCCGAAGGACUCAAUAAAAAGCUGAUGGAGCACAACUUUGCAGUGAAGGUGGCUGAGGCAGUUGAAUGCAGAGAUUAUGCCAAACGGAAAGCAGUUGAUGAAGAAAGAACUAAGAAGAGAAAAAGGUCAAGGCCAUAUUGGGCAUUUGAACAGAAAGCAAGAUGGGAAAGCAAAGGGAAUAUGUAGAAGAGGAAAUAAUUUAAAAACAAAAACAAAUUCAGGCUGCUGCAGGCGACCUGAAAGGCGUAAUUGAUUCUUUAUCUGUUUUAAUUCAAACCAAGUUACCUAGAGUUAACUCUUGCCGAACUGCGUUUCUCCUGAUUUACGAAAAGUGUGGGUUAUUGUUUUACAUAUUUCUGGUUUGUAAAUAUUGCAUUUGGCAUAACAUUUCCACUUUAGUAACAAGUUCCAUCAGUUAUACAUGCACCAUGGAAUAGAAAUCUGAAUCU